AUGCCCGCCUCUAUCAAAGGUAAGAAUGUGAAAUAUAAUUCUUCAAAACUUUGUUUGGUUUUGGUUUUGGAAUUAAAAAGGUACAUGGUUGAACCUCCGUACUAACCUGAGAUCAGGCUCUCUUUUCGUUUCGGUUUGUAAAUAACAUUCCGGCGGGCAAGGCGAAACGAAAAGAGCAGGGCGGAUAAAGGUUGGGCGGUGAAACGAGCGCGUCCGAGCAAAAAGGUGUGAUGCAGUGGACUGGAACUCGGCUUAGAAAUGUCGCUUGUUUUCGACUUCGGUCAGGGCUUGGGAUGUGGUUAGUCCAUUAGACACUGCCGCUGUCACUGAAUUAUGGCGGCUUGAUUUGUUUUCUUGCACUUCUUCCUCGUUCCUUUGUGCUGGUACGCUGUCUCCGAGAGGCAAAUGUUGCUAUUUUUUGCGUGAGGUUUAAUUGGAGUAGACAAACUUCUCUUUCAAAGGGUUCUUCUUAUUACUUCCAUGACUCUACCACUGAAUUAUAUUUUCGUUCUACUACACGCCAAUUCGAUGUUAUUCCAAAACAAAAACAACUAAGUACCGUCUAAAACACGAAAGAAAAUCUCGCCCAUGUCAUCCAUGGCAAAACUAAAAGACAGCAGAUCGUGUUUCAUAACUAGAUGACGUGUAUUUUAUAAAUGCGUGUAGCUCGUGCCAGGUGAAAUUAUGCUAAUUUCAAUCACCACCAUCCUUCUUUUUAAUUUUGAAAAAAACAUCUCAUACGUCUUUCUGUUUCUUCGAAACUUCAAAAUUAGUUUCCCCUCAGUUUUUACUGUUUAUCUUGUUUUGUUUUAGAGAGAAAAAUGGAGAAAAAACCUUACAACUAACCUCAAUAAAUUUUGUUUACAUGCGGUUGCCGGAUUUGCGAAGCAUUGCGCGAAUGGCCAUGGUGCGUUGCACCCGAGAAACAAAGUUUGAAGCAGUACAACGCCACUAUAUCAAAAUAUAUCAAUCUAAUUUUUUGUUAUUUGUAUAAAAUUUAUCCCCCUUUAACAUAUGUAAAAAGUGAGGUUAAGAAGUGUUAAGCUUUUGCAAACGAAACGGCGAAAGACGAUUAGGUGAUAUUUAGUGGAAGGAGGAGGUAUUCAACACUUUCAAGUUAAACUCAAAUUUUGGCAUGAAACGACCAACAAGUUUGACUUAUAGGUACACAGACACAAACAUAUGAAACUGUUUAUUGAUAUUUUUAUGAAACAAAUUUAUCUAUUUAACAUUGUAGAAUGAAAUUAAAGAAAGAAAAUAGGAUUUCCGGUUUGCAAAAAGGAAAAUUUCGCCGGCCUUCAAGCGCACCGGAAGCGCGGAAAGAGCGCUCGUGCCAGUCCUACUCCGCAUCAUACAUUAAAUGAAGAGCGGAGCGCUCAUUUCACCGCCCAACAUUUAUCCGCCCUGGAAAAGAGAGCCUGAUUUUCAGCGGUAGCCUUUAGAAGAGAAUGUAUGAGAACCGCUAAAAUUGGGCCUGAUGUCAGGUUAAUACCUCUGUAGAUAUGUAUGGUUUUGGUUUUGAAAUAAAAGGAGGAAUAAGGUUUAACUUACUGUAUGUACGUAGCUUUAGAAACAGGUAGCUCAAGCUUAUGGCGAGAGUCAUAUUGGUAGUUAGUUUUUUUUUUUUAAAUUGAGAAGCAUAUAGUUAAUUUGUAUGGAUUAAUUAUCCAUGGACUAAUUCGUACAUUUGUAUGGAUAGCUGGGCUUAAAUAUUUAAAAUUGUCGAGUGAAAUAUCCAGAGUUAAUUUUAUAAACUUAAACGCUUAUAAAUUUGGUCAAUCCUCGCGUCAAAACAUUGUUCGCUGUUAACAGGUUCAAGAGGGGUGUCUGUAAAACGCGGACCGGAUACCUGCGGAUGGUGGAUGCGAAUGGGAAAAUGCGGAUGGAAAAAUGUGGAUGGAAAAAUGUGGAAAGACGCCAAAAAAAGUAAAAAGAACAAAACGAAGAAAGCGGAUGGCAGAAAUGAAUAAACAAGCAAAGGAAAGAAAUCUUUCUUCCAAGUCACUGUCGCGAGGUUGGGCCCUUCAUGUACCGUACGCGUUGUCAAUAGUAGGCACAGAUUACUCAGGGUUUUUUCUUAAUUCUUUGAACCCUAUAAUUCCUUUCAUUAAUGUCACAGAAACAAGGACGCUCCGUUCCUUCUUCCUAAAACCACGCAUGCUAUGGUGCACUUCUCCUUUGAGUACAUAGCCUGGGUAUAGUGUACUCAACUUACAGAAGAGAAAAUAUUUUCAAGGCAAACAAUUCGAGAAUGAUGAGUUUUUUAGCGCCUCGAGACUAAAAAUUGCAGCAUCAAAAAGCAAAAAGGCGGAACGUAAGUACGUAAGUUUCCGAUUUGGCAGAUGCCAAUCAACUCCGCCUAUCGUGUGAAUUUAUUUCUUACAAGUUCUACCUUUUGGGAUUUGUAAGUGCUCGAAUUAUGAAUUCGAUUUUUAAAACUGUAAAAUAUACUGCCGAUUGAAAAGAAAAUACAGACUUGAUAAGGACUUAAUAAGGUGCAAAAAAAAAUCGUCUUAUAUUAAAGCAUCCUAAAAGUCAAAAUCCCGCAGAAAAAUUGUCCCUAGUGAAACGCAUUAAUGAAGACUAAUUUCUGUUUCAUUUGGUUUUGUUUUAAUUUUUUCUCCAAACAAGAUAGUUUCCAAAACAUAUCCUUAACGAAUUUUUUGAACGUCUGUAUCGAACAACUGAAAACUCGUGACAGACAGAAUUCGGAAUCGAAAAUAUAUGAUAUUCGGUUUAUUUGGACCGCCCUCGUGUAUCUGGGACGCAGCAACCAAACAUAAAACUGCUUGUUAACAAGCCUUUAUAAAGAUUUUAACAAUGUCUACACCAGCUCACCCAUUUUUAUUCGUUACAUACAUUCAUACAUUAGGGAACUUUAGCAACGACGACGGCGACGGCAAAAACUUGAGUGCGGUUCUCAAGAAAUCAACUCCAGGGAAAUUCGCCUACACUUGCCAUUUUCAGCAAACUGGAAUAAACGCGACAAAGAUUGAAAAAAAGGGCAAUUCAUUUUAAAACUGACAUUUUCGCUGCCGUUGCCGUCGCCGAUGCUAAAGCUCCCUAUUGUUUACAGGUAGCCAUUACGACACCUGAAGGAGGAUCAUGAGGUUAUCGCUAUAUUAAGAUCUCUCCUUACAGAUACCCACCCAGCCCAGGAAAUGUUAGCCACACCACUAGGGUCUAUAACGUCCCUUACUCUUUUCGAACAGUGGUGUGGGUUCUUUUACGUCCCACAAGAACCAGAUAAGUGACAGUACUGUGAGAGGGACCCACGGUUUUUUGUCCUUAUCCGAGAAGACUAGAAAGUGUAACCGUUUGCAUGACAUUACAAAGGCAGCACUUUCUUCUGAGUGUUGGUCCGGCCAAAGUUUGAACCCGCGACCUCCGACCCAGCAGACCGGCGCCCUGCCAACUGAGCUAACCAGGCGGCGGUUUCGUUGAAAGAACCUUUGCGUAAAAUUGUGAAAAUGGAACGAACGCCCGACAAAUUCUUCUGUUGAGGGUACGGCAUAUUGCUUGAUUAGAAACUCUGUGGAUAAACCCUCAUUAAACAAGACCGAUUCACACAAAACCAGAAGAAAAAUACUGAGGAUUUGUGAUAUCAAGUUUAGAAGCAUAGCUUUUACGUCUCAUCUCUCUCUUGCGUUGAGCAUGUGGUAGCCCCUCUCCUUUAAAGUCGUCAAAAACAAAUCGCAGAUUCUAAAGGACCCAGUUUGCUCAGGAAAUUAGAAAAGACCCGAAAAUGAAAAAGAAAACAAUUAGUGUAACAGUAACCUACCUUUUGAUCUCAAAAACGGGCAGUUGAGAGUCACGCUCUGAACUGUCUUCCAUGGCAGAGUUGACUAUAGUCCAGGCGGAGUGCCAGCGUUACAUGAAGAGCCUUUUCAAUACCAGGCUCCUUUGUGGGGAAUCAGGGCGAUUUACGAGGCGAGCGGGAAAUAAGCGAAGCAACGCACGCCAAUUUUUUUCGCGCAGUUCACCCUUUUUUGGUUUAUUUUGUCUUGUUUUCUUCAAUUUCUUUCUUUGUUGUUUUUUUUUUAAGAAUAAAAAGUUGCCCCAAGAACUUUAUGUACGUGUUUUCUGUCCGAUGAUGGAUAUCAAACUAUUCUUUAUAAUCGGGAUUUAAAUACAACAGAACCAUAAACAAAGAACACAUGCUUUAGUAAAAUUGAUGUAUCCAAAAUAUUAUUAUUUACUACUGUGUGCAAGUUAUUCUUAAUUCUGCAUUUGUCUAUCCGCAUUUUCCCAUCCGGAUUCGCAUCCGUCAUCCGCAGGUAUCUGGUCCGCGUUUUACAGACACCCGUGUCAAGAGGGGUAGACUACAAUAACAACAUUUAUCUACUUAAAAACAAAAACGCCCGUAGAAUAUAAUAUCGGGGUGGCCCCAAUUCUAGUGAUUUGGAGUCAACAAAUCAGAUCAUUCUUAAUACUAUGAAAGCUUAGAGACAGAUUUUAGUCUGUAAUCCAGAAAUCGAUUGAUGCGAAUUUUCAUUCGCAUCAAUCGAUUUGGCGGAAAAUUCCCCGCGAAAAUUUCCCUUGAGAUCCUGACUCGUCCUCAGUCUUCUCUUAUCAUUUGUUAGCGGUCACGAGAGAACAGAAACCUUUAGCAUCAGGUUUUUCAUGGGAAACCGCAAACCGGAAACCUGAGGAUGUCAUGUGACCACGGUCUUGCUGUCUCGUUUGCCGUUUGGAGUUCACGUUUGAACGGCAGGAAGGGCUUUCAGCAGUAAGUGACUUACGGCAAGGUUUUUUUGCCUCUAAAAUUGUACAGCCUCACGUUUAAAGGCACAAAUCAGCUUUCUAUAUCCACCUGAAAUGUGCUACUUAGAUUUUUGAUCUCGAAGCAAUAAAUUAUUUAUGUUUUUGGGUGAAAAAAGCAAAGAACUUCGAAUUUACCAUGAUGCUAAAUUCACUGGGUGUGUCCCCCGUGUAUAACAAAGUGUAAAAUUCUUAACACUUUUUGUCCAAGAUUGUAUUUUCAGCAUUUGGCCCGAUAAUCAAAAACGACCGGGGGAGGGGUAAGUACUCCUCCAUUAAAUUAUUGUAUUUGUCCAAGUGAUCUGAUGUCAUAGCUCAGGACGACCAAUUACCGCUAAUUAGGGUAAAUAAUAGGGAAAGUUAUUGUUACGUCUUUGGGGGGUUAGGUAUACGAGCAAGAAAUAUGGUUUUCCACGGCGCAAUAGACGGGAGUUUAAAGGCGUAUAUACUUUAUGCAUUGCAAGACAAGCAGCACAAGCCUCGAGAACUAUCAGAAAAACUUGGAGUUUCAUUAGCCACCAUCUAUAAGAUCAAGAAGGGCGGAUUCGAAUGUUUAAAGAGAAAAAAGAUGAGAGCGAGCCCUGGACGACCGCGCAAGAUCGAUACAAGAAUGGAAAGAUUAUUGAUCCGACAAGUGGAAAACCUUCGUCGUGAAAACCCUAACUUCACUAGAGGUAAACUGGUAGAGGCCUGCGGAUUGCAUAGAGGUCAAGUAAGCAAUAGAACGGUGCGUCGUGUUCUGAACAAGCGUGGAUUAGGAUACAGACAGGCGCGUAAAAAAGGGGUUCUUUCCUCGAAUGAUAUUGUAUGUAGAUAUCGCUUUGCUAAAAAGAUUCGCAAAGAAAAACCGAGAGACGUGUGGACUUCCAAAGUGAACUUUUACUUAGACGGGGUGAGUUUCUAUUACAAAAGAAACCCUGCGGGCCAGGCAAAAGCCCCGCAAGGCCGAAUAUGGAGGACAAAGAAGGAGGGUCUCGCUGAGGGAUGCACGGCGAAGGGGAAGAAAGAGGGCAGUGGUGGAAGAGUUCUUAAGCUUUUUGUGGCUAUUAGCUACAACAAAGGGGUUAUAGCUUGCCAUCCUUACGAACACCUAGAUGGACAGUUUUUGGAAAAUUUGGUUAAAGCCAAUUUUGCUAGUUUCUUCACAAAAGCCGACAAAGGGCCCUCCCGCCUUUGGCUUCAAGAUGGUGAUCCGAGCCAGAACGCUGCGGGAGUGAAGAGGGCUUUAAGAAAACUUAAAGCCGAAUUGUUAUCCAUUCCUCCCAGAAGCCCAGAUUUAAAUCCUAUAGAGAAUUUGUUUCAUUCAGUAAGGUGCGACCUCAGCCAACAAGCUUUGAGUCAAAAUAUUACUCGCGAAAGCUACGACGAAUUCCAAAGCCGAGUAAUAACUACCUUUUUGAACUGGCCAAGCGAAUCGAUUGAUAAAAUUAUUGACUCUAUGAAUGGUCGUAUAGAUUUAAUCAUUAAAAACAAAGGGAACAGAACAAAGUACUAAGCAGUUGUGAAGAGAAAUGUAUACAAUGGUUGAGAAUCAGUACUUGAAAAUAGGAAAUAAAAGGAAUUACAUUCUCUUAUACAGUACAAAGCUGACGUCACUUCCGUUUGUCUUCAAGGUUAGUUCCGGUUUGUAAACCGUGUACUUUCGUGUUCAUUUUCGGGACGAUUCUUAGGCGAAAAAAUUCCGUCGAGCAAGGGAAUUAUGUGUCCCGACUACGGUACAUAAUAAUCUGCACAAACAGAACAUAUUGUUCUUAAAAUGGCUAUUUCCAAACGGUUUACAACGCUUUACUAGCUGUCUUUAAAGAAUAGUUGAGUGACAGUCUCAUAUUUCAAGGGUUUCGAUGUUAACUGUUGUAAAGGACGUAAAUGUGCAGUUUUUUUUUGCUUCUGACUAGACCUUUGUAAUAAUAAGUUUUUGUAAACCGUUGGAAAAAGUGAAAGAUCUAGGAAUAAGUAUUUUUCAACUACAGAAAAUGCUCCGAUUGUUGUAAACCGUUGUGCAACGUGACGGCACGCAUGAAAAGUAUUUUUAUAAACCGCAAGUAAUUAGCUUUGCAAAGCAACUUGGACAAGGUGGUAUUGCACGCUGACUUGUCUUAGGAAUCUGCACUCUUAGUUCAAAUAUUUUCCACCUGACGGCCAUCAUUUCACUUUCUCUAUCAUCUACCAUGCCAUUCUUGAUGAACAAAAGUGGCCGUUUAGUGGUACAGAAGAUGGGAGUAUCCUUUGUCAACUGAAUAUCUUGCAUGAAAUGUGUCUUGGGCGCUGGAAAAUGUACUAUUUCCCCUUCAAGCAAAAGCAAUAAAUCGUGCCAUGGUAGCAACUGCUGGGACCAUCGGAAAUCGUUCAGAAAAAUACAUUCUUUGUCCUGUACACCUACCCACGCAAAGCUACCCGUAGCCGGGUUACAGAAAGUGUUGUAAAUUACACUUAGCGGCUUUAAAAGGAAUGUCUUCGCACAAUUUGCAGGUCCGAUAAUCAUUAUGUUCCUAUAUUUACCCCUGCCUUUCUCUAAUGCGGUCAUUAUAGCCCUACCAAAAGUACGUUCCUCAAUAUCAUUGUUCUGUAGCACUUGUCUGGCACAUUCGAGCCACUCCUCUCUAGUAGCACACAAACAUUCUUCAUUUCCUGCCUCUUGUAGAAUCUCUACGCGUGAUUUAUGGGCGCGCGUGAUCUUUUCCCCUGCUUCUUUUAUUUCCCACGUUGUUUCAAGCAGCUCAGAUACUGCUUUACGAGAUCUUCCAAUAAUGAAGUCCAUCAGAUCCUCUUUCCCUUCCCUUUUCUGUGUGUAAGCUAGGGCUUGAAGCUCCGUCACCGUUUUGAUGUUUUUCGCUAACAGUAUAUCAGCUACCUCGGAGGAGGUUAAACGUUUUCGCUUCUUAGUUUUAGCGACUUUGGAGCCGCCCGGGCCCCUUUUCCUACCCUUCUUUGCAACGUUUUCGCUCGCCUUGCUUGUUUUUGGCUUUCCUUUGCUUUUUAAAUCGGGGUGCCCUUCACUCUCCUGAAAGUCCGUAUCGCUUUUGGUAACAUAACACCACGCACUGUAGUAGUUAUGGUGAUGGCUUGAAAAAUUCACAGUUAUACCAUAGCGCUGCUUCAAAACCCUCUUACAACCAUGCCACUCCAUCGGCAAAUUUUUUUCAGUUUAAUCGCAGCAUGGUAAUGUAUACCCCCGUGCUUGUGGUUUUCCUCGCUACAACACCAUUGCACGACAUCAACACCAGCUUGCUGGAAACAUUCGACUAAAACCUUCGCAAAGUAUUCACGUGUAGGGAAUUCACACUUAUUGGCUUGGCUAUAUGUCACCAAACAAACUGACCGCACUUGGUUUAGUAGCAACUGUGGCUGUGUCUCAGCGGCCGAACAAUCUGUGUCAGUGUCGUUAUCACUAGCCGAUGUUUCGUAAGCACGUAUUAACUCCAUCACAGGAUCUGUAGAGUAAUGAACAUUAUAAUUCGGUGACCAUGACAACUAAGCCUCGUUGUCACUGUAACGUCAGUCUUCUAUGUUCACUCACCCCCGCAGCAUUCAGAACCCUGACAGCGGACCAAACAGAAUUGAACAGUCACUUUUGGAUUUUCUAAAUCUUUCUCUUUAUUCCAUUUCUACAAACAACACCUUCUUUUCACUAAAAAUGUUUCCUGUCACCCAUACUCUUCAAUAUUUGAAAAAUACAAUCUUGGACAAAAAUGUUAAGAAAAAUACACCUGGUAUGUUUCAUUUUAGAAUACUUCACUCCAAAGACCCCUACACUCAAGAUACUUUCCCCCCCCCCCCCCCCCAAAAAAAACAAUGUUGAAGGGUCACCGGAACAUUUCUGGUCCAGACUUAACAACACUGAUCGGGGAGGGGUGGGGGGAGGGGCCACCACGAUGCUAAAUUCACUGGGUGUGUCCCCCGUGUAUAACAAAGUGUAAAAUUCUUAACACUUUUUGUCCAAGAUUGUAGCUUCUUUAACAACAUGCAACUUUAUCACAGUACAGAUUAACCGUUGAAUGUUGAUCGUUCACAAACAUUGUGCAACUUUUACAACCUCUAUUAUUCGGAUACUUGGGAAGGUCCCGAAGGUGUCCGCUUAAUAGAGGUUUCAAUGUAUUAAAUUAGAAAAUAUUUGGUUAUUUCUCUCUACACUUUCGUUGGGUAAUUCAUCGACCAGUAAACAUAGCCUUAGGAAAUGGAUCCAAGAAGAGCAACAUGUAUUUUUUACCCCUUCAUCCUCUUCUUUCCAAAGGCGUAUCUCACGCUCGCCUCCCAUCAAUGUGGCCCGGGUUCGAAUCCUAGGGUCGACUCCAUUUAUGUAGGUUAGGUUUGUUGUUGGUUUUCUCCUUUGCACUAAGAGGUUUUUCUCCGGGUACUUCGGUUCUCCCCUCUCCUUUAAAACCAACACUUUCAAAUUCCAAUUCGAUCUGGAACGCACGGACAUGUUUCAAUCGAGGUCUUAACAAUUCCCAGGUGUUCGUUGGUAAACAAAUUACACCGAAAAAAAAUGGCCCCAGUUGUUGAAACGUUAGCGCUGUCUAGCGGAUAAAUCCCUAUAUCCAGAGGAAAAGUACAGUUUGGAUGCAGGAGAUUUCUCACUGCUGACCAGAAAGAUCAGCCCAAUUGCGUUAUACACUGGAUAGAGAUUUAUCCAGUGGAUAACGAUUGAACAACCGCUGCUUGGUUCUUACGUGCUUGUGCCUAUGUUAUCGUUACACUGUAUGGCUUUACAUUUUUUGGAAGAAACCACGGCCCGGAGUCGACCGUAGGUUGAUUAUAGCCCGCAGGCGUCACCAACGCGGGUAUAUAGUCCCGAUUUAUUUCUAAGUUUUAUCUAGGUUUUGAGUUCUGCAUCGCAGGAUAUAGAUCUGCGAUUGAUUUUUUUUAAGUCUGCGUAAAAAGGACAUAAUUUUCUGUUUUUGGACACCCCUUAGCUUAUGUGCCUUAUAGCUUGUGAUAAAGAAUGCAACAGAAUACCGCCAGUAUAUAGUACCGGACUACAAGUUUAAUUUUAUCUAGGGUUUGAGACUGAGAAAAGUAUGAGAAAGCUUAUAUGUUUUACUAAACGUCUGUUUGUAGUUUAAGAAUUUAGCUACAGUUUACAUUGUCACAUAGUCCUUUAGUAUAAAGUUUUUACAAUAAGUAUCUGGUUGUAGAAUUAGAUAGCAAAUUAACAUGGAAUGAACAUAUUUCUGCCAUUACCGGGAAAGCGAACUCUUCCCUCGGCUUCUUGAGAAGAAAUCUAUAUAACUGCCCCGAACAGAUCAAGAUGCAGGCAUAUUAUUCUUUAGUUAGACCCCACUUGGAGUAUGCAUGCUCGGUGUGGGACCCACAUACACAAAAGAACAUUCAAUCAAUUGAGAACUUCCAGCGUAGAGCGGCUCGUUUUGUUAAGAAGUGCAAUCAGCGCACACCGGCUACCGUCACAAGUUUACUAGAGGAGCUAAAAUGGCCAUUAUUGGAACAGAGAAGGAAACAAACAAGAUUAACAAACUUGUAUAGGAUCGUAAAUGGCACCCUGGCAAUAGAAAUUCCAAAUUACUUCAAUCAGAAGGAACGCCAAACAAGAAAUUACCACCCACUUAAAUUUAUAAAUGCUGGUUGCAGGACUAAUAUAUAUAAAUAAGUCUUUUUCCCAGAUCCGUUAAAGAAUGGAACGAACUUCCCGAAACAAUUAUUGAAGCUGCCAACACUGAGGCCUUCAAGCUUGCCUUGAGGGCCCAGGCCAGGCCCCAUUGAGCAUUAAACACUUUUUAUUUUUAGAUCACCAGCACAAAUUCACUGCACUGUUUUUAGCGCACAUAGCACGAGCACAGCACAUAUCUGCUGAAGAUGGGCUGUACUGCUCUUUGCAGAUCAGACAUUUAGAUUUAGAUUUAGGGUUACACUUCGUGUUAGAAAGUUAUUGCAUUUUAUGUCAAAUUUGUUACAUCACGAUUUAAUGUUUCAUUUUGCUUCACAUGUUUUUACAUUUCUCGUUAAGGUUACAUUUUGCGCCAUAAACUUCGUCUCUUCCCACCUUCCCUCCUGCCCCCCUCCCCCUACCGACUAUAACGACCAGUCCAACAUUGUUUUUUUGUGUGUUUUCUUUAGGCCUACAAUCAUGAACAAAAGUCUUGGGACACUUUUGCGUUUCUGGAGCGUUUUCCAAUUCACAUAGGUCCAACCUCUCCCCUCACCCCACAAAAAAUGUUGGACGCGUGUAUCCAGAAUUUUUUCAACUUUGUAUAGGGUGCGGGGAGGGAGAACUUCAAGAAAAUUUCGAAAAGGAUGUACUGUUUUAAAAGGGAACCGAGAAAUGACAGAAAAAUAUGAAUAUUGCAGUACUGUCCCAAGGACUUUUGUCCAGGAUUGGUUCGGCGUCUGGCUCAGUUAAGUUCGUUUGAAUGAGUUUGGAUCGUCUAACACGUUCUAUCCGUCUGCUUUCAAUUUGUAUUUCCUUAAAUAUCUGAAAAAUGUCAAAGUAAUUUUAAUUUCGGACUGCAUCGUGUCGAAACGUUUUUAUAUCAAAUCGACUGAUCUAUCCAUAUGCCCACUGAGUAACCUUUAAUUAAGAUACAUGUGUGCGAAAAAAUGAGAACUCGUUCAAAGAAGGGGCUUUGUUCUUGGACAUACUCUUCAAUAUUUUGUGUGAGUUUACAAACAAGCAAUUAAUAUUAAGUGACAACUGGGGCGAAAAGGAAUUCUGAAUUUCAUCCUCUUCAUCAGUAUUUCGUUUAUGCUCAUGCAUUGAAAAUUAUCUAUAAAGUCAAAAUUUGUAAUUUUUCUUUUUUAGUUGACACUUAAUCGUUUCGCUCAUGUUACUUGGGUGAUUUUGAUUGCCUUGUUUGUUUUUGAUCAUAAAUUAUCUUUUCAGAAAAAAUGCAAGAUCUACGAGAAGCAAACUCGCCAGGGCGAACCUCAGAAUUAGAAAGACAGUUGAGGGAUUUUCAGCGACGUGAAGAAAACUUCCAGAGGCAGUUACGGGAGAUGCGGGAACGUGAACAGAAUUUACAACGGCAGCUCAGAGUGGUUCAAGAACGGGAUCAGUACUCUCAAAGCCAGCUAACGGAGUUUCGUCAACGUGAACAAAAUAUGCAACGGCUGGUGAGAGAGUUACGGGAAGGAGAACAAAAUUCUCAAAGGCAGCUGAUGGAGUUUCAACAACGUGAAGAAAAUUCUCAGAGGCAGCUGAGGGAGUUGCAGCGGCAACUGAGGGAGAUAGGACAACAGUUGACGAAUUCCCGAGGACAAGUUUCUGAACUACAGUUAAGUCUUUCAACAGCUCAGCAAACAAUAAAUCAAUUGCGUAACCAGGGAACACGUGACUGGGUUAUUCCUCGCGACGAAAUUCAAAUCACAGAGAAAUGCCUUGGGAGGGGAGGAUGGGGAAGUGUCAAUGAGGGAACGUAUUGUGGCUGUACUGUAGCAGUAAAGCAAAUUCAUGAGUUGAUUCUCUCCCCUCAUAACAUACAUCUUUUUGAGAGAGAAAUGAAUAUUGCAUCCAAGUGUCGCCAUCCUCACUUACUACAGUUUAUCGGCGCCACAAUUGACGAGGGAAGUCCUCUGUUUGUGACCGAGUUGAUGGAGAAAAGUUUGCGGACUCUGUUAGAACAGCGGCAAAUGUCCGAAACAGAAAUACCCACCAUUUCUUUGGAUGUAGCCCUCGCACUGAACUAUCUUCACCAGAAGAAACCAGAACCCAUCAUUCACCGUGAUGUGAGCAGUGCUAAUGUGUUGCUAUGGCGACAGGGUGACCAAUGGAGGGCCAAAGUGUCAGAUUAUGGCACUGCUAAUUUUAUACAGCAGACCAUGACAGUGGCUCCUGGAGCAAGGAUUUACAGCGCACCUGAAGCACUUACAUCAAACCAAACAGUCAAGGUAAGUAUAAGUGAACAUUCAAGACUUUUGACUUACUAAAAUUGUACAGCAAUGCUAACAGUGGCGGAAGUGAAAGUGACCCUUGUCCUUUCGCCCAAACUCGCCUUCUUGUCACUCCACAAACAAUACAACAUUUUUGAACUGAAAUGAGCAUAUCGUUGUCAGGAGUCUUUGCACCUUGUUCUGCACUUUUUUCACUCUUUUAUGUUCUUUUUCAUACAUUUUGUCCACGUAAUUGGAUUUGUUAAUUUAUCCCUUCUUUUCUCUAAAGACAACAGUUACAGGAUGGCAAAAGUUAGUUUUUUUAGAAACAAAACAUUUAAGCCAAGAACUUACUAUGAAGCCUUUUAAGAAUCUUCCGUUUUCUAGGCUUUUCUUAUCCAUUUAUCGAUAAUCAUCUAUUUCGUUUGAAUUCUCGAGAUUCUCCCUCUGGUGUUAGUUUAACUCUUUUUGUAAUCAGUAUAUUAAUAAUAAGUAAUGUAAAUAAAGAAUAUUCUGGCAUAAAGUCAUGUAUUAUGAUUUUUUUUUAGGUUUAUGUCUACAGUUUUGGUGCUCUUCUCUGUGAAAUGUGCAUCCGGGAACUGCCAGAUCCUACAAGGCGAGAAGAACAAGUCGUGCUUGUAACGAACGCUGUGUUUCGCGGCCUGGUACGGCGAUGCCUGAAGAGAGAGCCUGGGACGAGACCAACCAUGCAGGCAAUAAUCGAUGAACUGAAAGAUGCCAAUGCAUCAUCUUAAUUGUAGAACCAACGCUACACCAUAUCAUUGAUAAUUCCUGGCAAUGUGCCCUUAGCAUGUACCAGUCGUUCAGAUA